GGGGACGUGCGACGUCUGGCCUGCAGGGGGAGUAUGGGCAGGUUGGGAGAGCACCGGAUUGGCUGGGGGGAUUGGACCUGAGUGCGGGCAGGUGUCGGCACUCAGGCCAAUCAGGGAGUGUUUGUAUUUAUGUGCCUGCUUUUGUCUUGUAGUGAGAGGGGAAUCCAGGAAGGAUUGGCAGCAGAAAGGAGCCGAUCGCCAACGGAGAUCGCGUCGAGCAAAAUAUAAUUUACACUUGAUCGAAUUGUCUUUGGUUACACGUUUGAAAAGACAAUAAAAGAACUUCCUGGUGGAAGAAGCAAGAACCUGUGUCCAGCGCUACAUUGACCCGUUACAGUGGAGCCCAAUGUGGGGCGAGCGCACAGAAAUGGACCAGUCCCCAUUAGGAAACGUGCUCGGGCACCUAGCCCAGAUGGCGGAGAGACAAGGCCAGCUCCACCAGGCGCAGAACGAGGCGCUCACGGACCUGGCACAAUCCUUGGCCGCCGAUCGGGCCAUGCUCCGGGAGCUCCUCGCCUCCGGCGGACGCGGCGAAGGACCCCGGGGGGCGGGACCCGCGACAAACAUACACGUCCCGAAGAUGGGGGAGGCGGACGACGCGGAAGCCUUCCUCGAGACCUUCCAGGGGGUGGCCGAGGUCUCAGGGUGGCCCCGCCCGGAGUGGGCGCACCGUCUCCUGCCGCUCCUAACAGGAGAGGCGCAGCUUGCGGCCCACAGUCUGCCGGCUGGGGCCCAGCGGGACUACGACGCCAUCACCAGGGCCAUCCGAGACCGGCUGGGCCUCUACCCGGAGGAACAUCGCCGGCGGUUUCGGGCGCUGGCCUUCCGUGAGGGCGACCGACCCUUCGCCUUCGCCCAGCAGCUGAUGGACCAGGCCAGGAGGUGGCUGGUCCCAGACGGGAACACGGCAGAGGACGUGGUGGAGCAAGUGGCCCUGGAGAGGUUCGUGGAGGGGCUGCCGGCUAGGACCUCCGCCUGGGUCCGAUACCACCGACCCGAGGCUCUCUCCGCCGCGGUCGUCCUGGCGGAGAGCCACCUGCAACCACCACCAGCGGGCCAGCGACCACCGACACCGAGCCCACGUACCGGUGCGGCUGCCCCACGGCGGGACAGACCAACCCCGGCGCCGAGGGCGAGAUGGGGGGGUGUUCCAGAGCGGGCACAUGAGUCGCCUCCCACCCCCACUCCACAGGCGGGCGCUCAAGCGGCAGGGGAGGGGUGCUGGCGGUGCGGGCGGCCUGGCCACUUCCGGCGGGAGUGCCCUAUGAUGGAGGUGGGUCAGGUCGUCCGCGUCACCGGUGCCCCGUCUCCUCCCCACGGUCCCGGCGAGGCGUACCGUAUCCCGACGGACGCGUCGGAUAGGGGGUUGGGCGCGGUCCUGACCCAGCAGGUGGAGGGGGUCGACCGCCCGGUGCUGUACCUGAGCCGGAAACUAUCAGACCGGGAGGGUCGGUACAGCACGGUGGAGAAGGAGUGCCUCGCCAUCCGGUGGGCGGUCGGCGCCCUCCGCUACUACCUGCUGGGACGCGCGUUCACCCUCUACUCCGACCACGCCCCCCUCCAGUGGCUCCACCGCAUGAAGGACGUCAACGCGAGGAUCACCCGGUGGUACCUCGCGUUGCAGCCCUUUAAUUUUCAGGUCGUGCACAGGCCUGGGGCGCAGAUGGCCGUGGCGGACUUCCUCUCCCGCUCUGGGGGGGGGAGUGAGUUGGCGGCCGGAUGUGACCCCGGCCUGUGUCGGGCGGUGGGGGUGUGUGGGGGGACGUGCGACGUCUGGCCUGCAGGGGGAGUAUGGGCAGGUUGGGAGAGCACCGGAUUGGCUGGGGGGAUUGGACCUGAGUGCGGGCAGGUGUCGGCACUCAGGCCAAUCAGGGAGUGUUUGUAUUUAUGUGCCUGCUUUUGUCUUGUAGUGAGAGGGGAAUCCAGGAAGGAUUGGCAGCAGAAAGGAGCCGAUCGCCAACGGAGAUCGCGUCGAGCAAAAUAUAAUUUACACUUGAUCGAAUUGUCUUUGGUUACACGUUUGAAAAGACAAUAAAAGAACUUCCUGGUGGAAGAAGCAAGAACCUGUGUCCAGCGCUACA